AUGAAAUCCUCUGACUCAAAGAACCUGGCGGAAGACGCCGAGGAAGAACCAUCGGAGCCACUUCCUGGGACUCAGGCAGGAAAUUCCAAGCCACCUCUCAUGCAGCGGCCAAAGAGCUCGGUCGUAGAUAUGACUGGCUUUUCCUUCGCAAAACCAUCGGUCCAACAAAAAGGCUUUGCACUGAAGCCGAUUCAUCGUUCGGCAUAUCACCACAAUAUGCCAGCUCGAGGCAACGCCAAGCCACAACGUGAAGUCAGCAAGAUCAUAUCACCUCAAACCCAUAGCCCUGUCCGGCAAGAUAUGCAGCAUCCCCUUCAGGAUGGCAGUCCGUGUCCUCAGCCAAAGAGCUCACUCCCCACACAUCCCACACUUCCCGAAGCUCGAGUAUCUCCGGAGCUCGCUGAGAUAGUCAUGCUGUCGGAUCAAGAGCAUGGGGAUUCCGCCGGCAAAACCGGAGCUGGUGAUCAGGUACUGGACGUUGACAUGGUUCCAUCAAUGCAGACGAGACACGGCAGCAGCAUCAUGACCAAAAUACCCUCAAACGGCGACACUCACGCCGCUCGAGGGCACUUUCUUAAAAAAGCGGCGACACAGACGCCGUCUCUCGCUAAGGUGUUGAAAUCGAAAGAUGAAAAUCGAGUCUCCAAGACCCGGCUCGAAAAUCGGAAGGCUGCACCUCGACGUGAAGGGAGAUCCAACUCGAGCAACAAGACGGACAUUGUCUCGUAUAGUGAAGAAACAUUGUUCGAGAUGCUCAUAAGAAGAAUGAGGCAACGGGAGGAACACGAAAUUGAGAUUUCCAACAGCCAACGUCGAAUCGAGGCACAGAACAAAGAACUCAUGGUCGAGAGAGAAAUGUUGCACCAUCGUCUAGAGGAGACGCAACUGGCCGUAGGGAAGAAGCAGGUCGAAGUUGAUAAAGCGCAAAGCUGUCUCAAAGACUGGAAGCUUAAAAUCAGAAAAUUGAAACAAGUCAUUGACGAACUGGGACGAGAUUACGAGCUACUGCGUGAAGAUCAUGAGCGAUGCAAGGAGACGGCCGCUGAUCUGAAGCAGGAGAAAAACAAUCUCUUUCAAGAGAUCAACGAUAUGAGGCUCGCUAUCAGUCAGAUUGAAACGGUUACCGACCGACAGCGUGAGAAGAUUGCAGAAAAAGACCAACAGAUUGCCCUGUUGGAGCAGGCUCUGUCACUGGCACAAGAGCAGAUUGAUUGUAACAAAACGGAUCUUCUGACUGAAAGAAAUCGCAAUUUGAGGCUGGAAUCGUUCAUCCAGAAUCACGCUCUUUCCCAGACCAAGCAAAUGAGACAAAUCGAAGAGCAUCAGGUGAAGGCAAUGCAACAGCUCGAUAUCAUGCUCAAGGCAAUUGCCACCAACGGACGCGGCUUCAAGGAUGAAAUCCUCACAGCAUUGAACAGCGCCUUCGGCCAGGUUCAUGAUUUCACUCAGACUCUCAGUGAGAGAAUUUCUGAUGAAAAGACUGAAAUCCAUGAUUUUGCGGAGAUCAUUCGAAACAUGACAUCUCAAGUCGAAAAGAUCACAUCAUGCCUUGGCGAUGGAAUUGAAAGUAAUAAUAAAAUUAGCUCUCGAAUUCUUACUGGCGUUCAAGAAAGUUUGCAAACCAUCAAGGCGCAACUUGUUGGUCCAGAGUCAGAAAUUUUUCAGCAACUUACCAGCUGUCGCUCGGAAUACGGGUCACUCAGGGAAGAAAUAUGUGCAGUUGACCCUGUGCUCAACAACAUGAACACUUUCCUGGAUGCCGUGUCUCGCUCCAACGAGACUCUUGCACUUCGAUUCCAAGAGUUCGACGGUAAGUUGGAAGAAGUGAAGGCUUCAGUUACAGGCCAUGAGAGGGAUCAUAAGCUGGCGGAAAGGAUCGCCAAAGAUGCGAGCCUGAAGAUUCAGAUCGAAGCAUUAUCAUCGGCAGCUGAAAGUCUCAAGGAGUUGAGCCGAAAUAAGGACUUUAAUAUUGUGAAACUACAAACGUCGCUUACCGAAGCGGAACAGAAAUUGAAACUUUCGGAGGCUCGCGUGCAUGACUUGCAAACUGAGCAGACAGCCUUGAGAGGCACCAUUGAAUUGGAGGUGCAGCAGGUCCGGCACGACAUGACCGCUGAACACAACCUUACCCAGAAAAAGUCGGAGGAUCGAUUGAGGCGAGAGUUACUGGCUCUUGAUGGAGAGAUGGAAAACAAUUUAGAAGAGGCGGAGCUGACAGUGACUGAGCUGCGUGACGUAAAAGAUGCUCUGAAGGCUCAAGCCAUGCAGUCACUGAAUGACCAUAGGACUGAGCGCCAGGUUGAGGCAAAGAACCAGCAGAUUGAAGAACUCACUCAACUCUGCGCUGAGCGCACGGCUCAAAUUGAAGCUCAGAAGGCCGAGAUAAAGAAGUAUCAAGCGGCUGAAGCGGACUCGUGCCGUGAAAGAAACGAUCUCCAAGAGCAAUUAAGACAGACGCAGGAAAGGUUUCACGAGCGUGAGCAAGCCAUGCGAUCUCAGGGAAAUAAACCAGCGCAUGUCGAGAACAGUCCGGCAGGAAUCGUUCCAUUCUCCCAACUGAACAAUCAGUUGUCGCCGACACGAAAUAAAUUCGAGGAGUCUGCGGACUUUGCGAGCUUGUUCAUGUCUGACGAGUUCUUGCUUUCUGCAGCUGGUCAUCAGACGAAUAAGGAGAACGAAAAAGAUGCUGCUCAUGCCGGUGAUCCUCGAGAUUGCAACGAGAACGACAAUUCUGCCCGAGGUGAUGAGGUAGACACCUCGAAAGUGUUCGACAUACCUCAGGAUACGGAUUCAGACCUUCAACGAGCGAACAAGAAGCGCAAGACAGUUGACUUUGUGCAGUGUCAAAAGCAAAGCACUGGGAAAUUGAGCGAGCCAGCUGCCACGGAGACUAAGUCCGCUCAAGGCGGCAAACAAGAUACCAAAGGAUCAGUGGUUAAUGCCGCUCAGCCGCCGGCCAAAGUCACCAAACAUGCAACUAAGUGGACGUACAGUCGAAUUCGGGCUUUGGAGACAGAGAUGCAACAAGGACAGCCCUCGACGUCCGGCCGAGCGACGUCAUCUGCGCACCGUCCAGGCGUAAGAGGUCUUGUCUCAGCCUCGAGCAAUCCAGAAGCGGAAAGUCGUGCCAGCGGUGCUGGCCGGGGAAAGCGACGUUCCAGAGGUUAG